AUGAACCAAAGUCCAGUUUGGGAGGAUAGAGAAGUGAAAUUCGACAUUCCUUCAGUCUACAAAACAAUUCGCAGCGGUGAAACCAUUCUCGAUGUGAUCGAUUCGGUGGAGGACACCAAGGGCAACGGUGGCGACUGUGGCCGAAUUUUGGUGACCAACCUACGUCUCGUCUGGUACUCGGUCACGUCCUAUCGGUUCAGCCUGUCCAUCGGCUACUCCUGCAUACUGACCAUGAACACCAAAACGGUCGUGUCGAAGGUGCGUGGAACAACCCAAGCACUGUACAUACUGAGCGUCGGUUCGAAUUCACGGUUUGAGUUCAUUUUCACCAACCUAAUGGCCACCAACACGAAACACUUUGCAUCGAUCUUUGAUGUGUACCGGCUAUACCAAGGGUCCACUAUCUAUCGCGAGCUAAAGUUACGGUCUUCGGUGGUAGUGUCGGGACAGCUGCAAGUGCAACCGCAGGAACAGAUCUUCAACACCAUCGACGGCGUGUGGAAUCUGUCCAGUGAUCAGGGAAAUCUUGGCAUCCUGAUCGUAAGCAAUGUUCGACUCGUUUGGUACGCCGAAAUGAACAAUAGCUUUAACAUCUCGUUGCCGUACAUGCAGAUCGCUAGUUUGCGCAUCCGCGAGUCCAAGUACGGUCCGGCGUUGGUGAUUCAAACUCUCGAAACGGCCGGAUCGUACGUGCUGGGCUUCCGGAUUGAUCCUUCCGAACGGCUCGGGGAUGUGUACAAGGAAUUGCUCUCGCUGCACAGUGUCUACACGGAGCGGCCCGUGUUUGGGGUGUUUUAUGAAGCACCAACCGAAGUAGAACGCGCUCCAGCCGAAUCGAUGGAUGAUAUUGAGGAGCUUGAUUCAACGGCCGGGAGUGACAUUAACUCAAAGUUUACUGCAUACCUUGCGGAUACCGUGGCUGGCAAUGGUUCUGAACAUUGCAGAAGGAAACCAUUUUACUGCAAAGAGCUAGGUUUUGCUAUGGAAUCACUCAAGGAGGGUUACACCGUGAAAGACUUGUGGGAUGUACUGCCCUCUCAGUAGGAAAAA